GGGUAAGGUCUUCCUGUCCUAGGAAGAAAUCGGUGGCUGCGGGAGGUCUCCGCGGACUGGGACUCGAUCCAGACAGACCCGGCAGUAUGGGCCUCCUUUUCAAAGCAGGGAAGAAUGGAGAUGGUUGGGUGAUUUCCAUUCCUCUGUGAGGCUUUCAGGAGUUAGAAAGUGAUUGCUAUGUUGGCCAGGGUGGCCUCGAACUCCAGAACUCAGCUUUCAUGCCUUGCCCCACUGCACCCAGUCCUGACUUCACAAAAAGGUUCUGGUUUGGAUAAUGUGAUCCCUUCUCAGCUCUGAAAAGUGGGACUAGGGCAGGAGGAUUGCUUACAGCAGGAUCAGAGGCCCAGUCCUAGGCCAAGGAGAGAAGCCCAAGGAAGAUUAACCAAUUUUGAAAUUCUAAAAACAUGGUCCAUGGAUCAGUGACAUUCAGGGAUGUGGCCAUCGACUUCUCUCAGGAGGAGUGGGAGUGCCUGCAGCCUGCUCAGAGGACCUUGUACAGGGAUGUGAUGCUGGAGAACUACAGCCACCUGAUCUCACUGGCAGGAAGUUCCGUUUCUAAGCCAGAUGUGAUUACGCUACUAGAGCAAGAGAAAGAGCCCUGGAUGGUUGUAAGGAAAGAAACAAGCAGAUGGUAUACAGAUUUGGAAUCAAAAUGUGGACCUGAGAAAAUAUCACCAGAAAAUGAUAUUUCUGAAAUAAAUUUACCAAAACAGGUUAUAAGGCAAAUAAGUAAAACACUUGGCCUUGAGGCCUUUUAUUUUAGAAAUGUCUCAGAAUAUAGAUGUAGAUUUGAGGGACUACAGGGACAUCAAGAAGGAUAUAUCAAUAUCAAUCAGAAGAUGAUCAACUAUGAAGAAAUGCCUACUUAUCCUCAUGCUUCUCUUAUUCACAAUACACAUAAACCAUAUGAAUGUAAGGAAUGUGGGAAAUACUUUAGUUGUGGUUCACAUCUUAUUCAGCAUCAAAGUAUUCAUACUGGAGAGAAACCCUAUAAAUGUAAAGAAUGUGGGAAAGCCUUUCAACUUCACAUACAACUUACUCAACAUCAGAAAUCUCAUACUGGUGGGAAACCUUUUGAAUGUAAGGAAUAUGGAAAAGCCUUUAAUCUUCCCACCCAGCUUAAUAGCCAUAAGAAUAUUCACACAGGUGAGAAACUGUUUGAAUGUAAGGAAUGUGGGAAGUCCUUUAAUCGUAGCUCAAACCUUACUCAGCAUGAAAGUAUUCAUGCUGGUGUAAAACCUUAUCAGUGUAAGGAGUGUGGGAAAGCCUUUAAUCGUGGUUCAAAUCUUAUUCAGCAUCAGAAAAUUCAUUCCAAUGAGAAACCCUUUGUAUGUAGGGAAUGUGAGAUGGCCUUUCGAUAUCAGUACCAACUUAUUGAACAUUGCCAAAUUCAUACUGGUGAGAAACCCUUUGAAUGUAAAGAAUGCAGGAAGGCCUUUACUCUUCUGACAAAGCUUGUUCGACAUCAGAAGAUUCAUGCAGGUGAGAAGCCCUUUGAAUGUAGAGAAUGUGGAAAGGCCUUUAGUCUUCUCAACCAGCUAAAUCGCCAUAAGAACAUUCACACAGGUGAAAAACCAUUUAAAUGUAACGAAUGUGGGAAGUCCUUCAACCGUAGUUCAAACCUUAUCCAACAUCAGAGUAUUCAUGCUGGUGUAAAACCAUAUGAAUGUAAGGAGUGUGGGAAAGGCUUUACUCGUGGUGCAAAUCUUAUUCAGCAUCAAAAAAUUCAUUCCAAUGAGAAACCCUUUGUAUGUAGGGAAUGUGAGAUGGCCUUUAGAUAUCAUUACCAACUUAUUCAACAUUGCCAAAUUCAUACUGGUGGGAAGCCCUUUGAAUGUAAAGAAUGUGGAAAGGCCUUUAGUCUUCUGACACAGCUUGCUCGACAUAAGAACAUUCAUACUGGUGAGAAACCAUUUGAAUGUAAAGACUGUGGGAAGGCCUUCAAUCGUGGCUCAAACCUUCUUCAACAUCAGAGUAUUCACACUGGUGUGAAGCCCUAUAAAUGUAAGGAGUGUGGGAAGGCUUUUAGGCUUCACCUACAACUUUCUCAGCAUCAGAAAACUCAUACAGGCGAGAAACCCUUUGAAUGUAAGGAAUGUGGGAAAUUCUUUCGUCAUGGUUCAAAUCUUAAUCAACAUCGAAGUAUUCAUACCGGAAAGAAACCCUUUGAGUGUAAGAAAUGUGGGAAAGCCUUUCGACUUCAUAUGCACCUUAUUCGACAUCAGAAAUUGCAUACUCGUGAGAAACCUUUUGAAUGUAAGGACUGUGGCAAGGCCUUCAGUCUUCCCAUCCAGCUUAAUUGCCAUAAGAAAAUUCACUCAGGUGGGAAGCCAUUUGAAUGUAAGGAAUGUGGGAAGUCCUUUAAUCGUGUCUCGAACCUUGUUCAACAUCAGAGUAUUCAUGCUGGUGUAAAACCAUAUGAAUGUAAGGAGUGUGGGAAAGGCUUUAAUCGUGGUUCAAACCUUAUUCAGCAUCAGAAAAUUCAUUCCAGUGAGAAACCCUUUGUAUGUAAGAAGUGUCAGAAGACCUUUAGAUAUCAUUACCAGCUUAUUGAACAUUGCCGAAUUCAUACUGGUGAGAAACCUUUUGAAUGUAAAGAAUGUGGAAAGGCCUUUAGUCUUCUGACACAGCUUGCUCAACAUCAGAUCAUUCAUACUGGUGAGAAGCCAUUUAAAUGUAAGGAGUGUGAGGAGGCCUUCAAUUGUGGCUCAAACCUUGUUCAACCUCAGAGUAUUCAUACUGAUGAGAAACCCUAUGAAUGUAAGGAGUGUGGGAAGGCUUUUAGACUUCACCUACAACUUUGUUGGCAUCAAAAACUCAUACAAGUGAGAAACUCUUUGAAUGUAAGGAAUAUGGGACAACCUUCAGAUAUCAGUACAAACUUACUGAACAUCAGAAAAUUCAUACUAGGGUGAAAGCCUUUGAAUGUAAGGAAUGUGGGAAGACCUUUGAUAUUAUUAUCAAUUUCUUGGACAUUAUGGAAUUCAUACUGGUGAGAACCCUUAUGAAUGUCAAGAAUGUAGGAAAUGCUUUACUGGUGGUAGAAACCUUAGAAUACAUCAGAGAAUUCAUACUGGUAAGAAAGCAUAUCAAUGUGAAGAAUGUGGGAAAGUCUUUAGUCAUAGUUCAAAUCUUGUUCAACAUGUUAAAAUUCAUACUGAUGAGAAACCCUGUGAAUGUAAGGAAUGUGAAAAGGGCUUUAGUAGUAAUUAUGAACUUACUGUACAUCUAAGAAUCCAUAUUGCUGAGAAACCUUGUGAAUGUAAGGAAUGUGGGAAAACUUAGAUUUUGCUCAGUCUUUACUGCAUAUCAAAGAAUUUAUACUAGUAUGAACCCUAUGAAUGUAAAGAAUGUGGAAAGACCUUUAGUUGUAGCUCGAGCGUUGUUCAACAUGUUAAAAUUCAUACUGGUGAGCAGCCUUGUGAAUGUGAAUGUAAAGGAUGUGGAAAGACCUUUAGAGUUAGUUCAGUCCUUUCUGCACAUCACAGAAUUCAUACUGAUGUGAAACCCUAUGAAUGUAAAGAAUGUGGACAAGCCUUUACUGUGAAUGGUCAGCUUACUCGACAUCAGAAAAUUCAUAAUAGAAGUUUUGUGAAUAUAAGGAGUGUGGACAAGCCUCCACUGUGUAUGAAAAAUUUACUCAACACCAGGAAAUUCACAUUAAUGAGAAAUCCUAUGAACAUAAAAGAAUGUGUGAAGAACUUUCGUCAUGACCUGGGAUUUGCUCAACAUCAGAGUAUUCAUACUGCUGAGAAAUCUUUUUAGCUUAAGAAUGUGGGAUGUUUUAUAUCCACACUAAAUGCCUUAGAGUUCAGAGAAGAUAAUUUUGGUGAGAAAGUUAUUGACGUGAGGAAUGUAGAGUACCUGCCAUGUUCACAGUUUACUGCCCAUGAAGUGUUUUACUGGAUUCAGGCAUACCUUGCUUAAUUGUUCAUUGUAGUUACUGUGUUUUAUACACAUUGAAGCUUUGCAGGAACCCUACAGUGAAUAAAUCAAUCAGCACCAUUUUCCAAACAGCAUGUGCACAUCUUGUGUCUUUGUGUCACACUUUAGUAGUUUUCAUAAUAUUUCAAACUUUUUCAUUGUUAUAUCUGUUAUGGUGAUCUAUGACCAGUGUUUUUUGAUGUUACUAGUGUGAUUGUUUUGGGAUACCACAAAUCCUGCCCAUAAAAGAUGGUGAACCU